CUCGCGUUCGAGGUUUUAGAACGACGCGUGUGCGCACGGGGAGAGUAGUUGUAGUGCUGCGUUGGUACUCUCAAGAAAAACGCAGCGGCACGCGUCGCCAUGCCGCCCCAGUUCCCCACCUCCCUCCUCACCAGGCACCGCUUCAUCCUCCCCGUCCCCUUCGCGUCACUGUCCCGCUCCCCCUCUUCUCGCGGCCUCCGCGUCCCGCCGCCGCCGCCUCACCGAGGUACCUGCCGCCGCCCGCUGCUCCGUGGCAUGGCCUCCGUCGCCGCAGCCGGCGGUUCGGCGCCGGCUUCGUCACCCGCCGCGGAGACGAGCAGCGGUGGAGUGGGCGCCGCCGCCCCGUUGCGGCUCACGCUGGAGGAGCUCGCGUGGGACCACUCCUUCGUCCGCGAGCUGCCCAGCGACCCACGAUCCGACGCCAUGCCGCGGGAGGUCUUGCACGCUUGUUACACCAAGGUGUCUCCCUCGGCCAAAGUGGACAACCCUAAGCUCGUGGCAUGGUCCGACUCCGUGGCUGACCUGCUUGAUCUGGAUCACAACGAGUUUGAGAGACCUGAUUUUCCUCAGUUUUUCUCAGGAGCAACUCCGCUGGUGGGAAGUUUUCCCUACGCCCAGUGCUAUGGAGGACAUCAGUUUGGUGUAUGGGCUGGUCAAUUGGGGGAUGGAAGAGCAAUAAUUCUUGGAGAGGUUGUCAACUCUCGAGGUGAGAGGUGGGAGUUGCAGCUCAAAGGUUGUGGAAAGACACCGUACAGCCGAUUCGCGGAUGGUCUUGCUGUCCUACGCAGCAGCAUCCGUGAAUUCUUAUGCAGCGAAGCUAUGCACGGUCUAGGCAUUCCUACAACUCGUGCCCUUUGUCUAGUUGAAACCGGCAUAUCUGUUGUCCGAGAUAUGUUCUACGAUGGCAAUGCAAAGGAAGAGCCAGGCGCAAUUGUUUGCCGUGUAGCACCAUCUUUUUUACGUUUUGGUUCAUACCAGAUACAUGCUAGAAGGGACAAAGAGGACCUUGAAAUUGUUCGUCGUUUGGCGGACUACACAAUACAUCAUCACUACCCACAUCUUGAAAAUAUGAAAAAGAGUGAAGGUUUAUCAUUCGAGGCAGUUAUAGGUGACUCUUCAGCAAUAGACCUCACUUCCAACAAAUAUGCAGCCUGGGCAGUUGAGGUUGCAGAGCGCACUGCUUACUUGAUAGCCAGAUGGCAAGGUGUGGGCUUUACCCAUGGUGUACUUAACACUGACAACAUGAGCGUGUUGGGCUUAACUAUUGAUUAUGGACCCUUCGGCUUUCUGGAUGCCUUCGAUCCUAGCUUCACUCCAAAUACCACUGAUCUUCCUGGGAAGAGAUACUGUUUUGCAAAUCAACCUGAUGUUGGCUUGUGGAAUAUUGCACAGUUUACUGGACCGCUGUCAUCUGCUGAACUUAUCACCAAAGACGAAGCAAAUUAUGUUAUGGAGAGGUAUGGGACGAAGUUCAUGGAUGAGUAUCAAUCUAUCAUGACCAAAAAACUUGGCUUAGCCAAGUAUAAUAAGCAGCUAAUCAGUAAGCUGCUUAACAACUUGGCUGUUGAUAAGGUUGACUAUACCAACUUUUUCCGUCUUCUUUCGAAUGUCAAAGCGGAUCGUGACAUUCCAGAAAAUGAGCUACUUGUUCCACUAAAGGCUGCACUCCUGGAUAUUGGGAAAGAAAGAAAGGAAGCAUGGAUUAGUUGGGUACAGACUUAUAUUGAAGAGCUGGUGGAGAGUGGUGUUCCUGAUGAAGAAAGGAAAGCUGCAAUGAACUCUGUCAAUCCAAAGUAUAUUCUUCGCAAUUAUCUCUGCCAGUCUGGUAUUGACGCAGCUGAGCAAGGUGAUUACGAGGAGGUUCGCCGGCUGCUGAAAGUAAUGCAACAUCCAUACGAUGAGCAGCCAGGAAUGGAGAGAUACGCACGGUUGCCGCCAGCCUGGGCAUACAGACCUGGAGUUUGCAUGUUGUCCUGCUCUUCAUGAAUCCAGCCGUGACCAUUACAAAAUGUUACGCGCGGUUCGUCUGCCUUUUUUUUUUUUUUUUUUUUUUUUUUUUUUUGCUGUAUAGGUACUUAAUCUGUGAGCGUUAGUUUAAGCAUCACAUGCCAUUUGUACUGGUGAUGCAGGAGUGUAAGAAACUUAGUUGUAAUGUUUUUUAGCUAUUUAUAGAGAUGCAAAUGGGUAUCUAAUGAGUACUUCGGUUCAUUACUUUA